AUGACAGGAUUUGAAAUAUUUAAAAAAAAAUAUCAAGUUAUACAAAUUUUAAAUGAAAUUAAUAAUAAUUUAGAAGAAAGGUUAAUAUCAAUUGCAAAAGAUAAAUCUGGAAAGUUAUGUGUUUUAAAAGAAAUUAAAUAUUUAAAUAAUAAAAAAAAAUUGGAAGAAUUUAAAAAAGAAGAGAAAAAUGAAGAGGGAAUUCAAAAGAGAAUAUAUCAAAGAAAUUUCAAUUUAGAAUUUAACCAUUUAAAAAAUUUUUCUCAAAUGAAUCAUACUAGUAUAAUUAAAUAUAUUGAACAUAUUGAAAGUAAAGAUGAAUUUGGUUUAGUUGAUAGAUGUAUUUUUGUUACAGAAUACUAUGAAGAUGGUGAUUUAUCUUCUAUUAAAGAAAUUGAAUUUAAAGAUAUUAUAAAUUUAUUUUUAAAAAUGUUAAUAAAUUUAAAAGAAUUUCAAAAUGUAAUCAUUCAUAGAGAUAUUAAACCAGAGAAUAUAUUUUUGAGAAAAUUUAAAAAUAAUGAUGGUAAAGUUGAAUUGGAUUGUUAUUUAGGUGAUUAUGGUAGUGCACAAACAUUAUAUACUCAAAAUAAAUCAACAUUAAUUGGUACAAAUCAAUAUAUUGCUCCUGAAGUAAUAGAAAAAAAGGGACAUACAAAUUUAAUUGAUAUUUAUAGUUUAGGUAAAACAUUACUUUCUUUAAGUAAAAGAAAUACAGGAUUUGUUUAUAAUAGAAUCUAUUUAAAAUUAUUUGAAAUUAUGACAAAUCCAUUUGAAACUAGACCAAAUGUUAAUCAAUUAAUAGAAUUCAUGUGUAGACAUCAUGAAAAUUUGAAAUACACUCUAUUAGUUAGUGAUUUUCAACACAGAGAUUCAAUUAAAUGUUUAAACUAUUUAAAAGAGAAACUUAUUGGAAUUUUAGACAAUAAAACAAAUCCUUUAAAAAAGAUUCAUAUAGAUAUGGAAUUUCAAGGUAAAACCUAUCAUUGUAAUGGUGUAUUAAGAUCAGAAUAUUUAAGAAAUGAAUACAUUUUAGAAAAUUAUCCAAUAAAUAAUAAUAAUAAUAAUAAUAAUAAUAAUAAUAAUAAUAAUAAUAAUAAUAAUAAUAAUAAUAAUAAUAAUAAUAAUAAUAAUAAUAAUAAUAAUAAUAAUAAUAAUAAUAAUAAUAAUAAUAAUAAUAAUAAUAAUAAUAAUAAUAAUAAUAAUAAUAAUGAAGGAGAAGUAGUUCAAGUGAUUGAGUUGGUUUCAACUGAUGAAAAACACUACUCUGUACUAGAGGGUCAUAUCAAUUUAAGUGAGUCACCCAUUUUAAAUUCUUUAUCUUUUCAUGAUUUUAAAGUCAUAAGAGGUACAGCUCCUAUUAUGCAUUUUAACGAUAUCAAUACUUCCACUACUGGAGAAGAAGAAGAAGAAGAAAAAAAAGACAAUCUGAAACGUCAAAAUGAAAAUAAUCAAAUAGAACAAGAAGAUAAAGGAGAAAAACACUUAAAAGAAACUUUAAAUAAUAAUAAUAAUAAUAAUAAUAAUAAUAAUAAUAAUAAUAAUAAUAAUAAUAAUAAUAAUAAUAAUAAUAGUAAUUAUAAUAGUAAUAGAAAAUGUUUAUUAGUUUUAGUGCCAAUGAAAAAUCAUUCAUUUAGAUUAUAUAAAGAUAUAUUAAAAAAUGCAGAUGAAACAACAGUUGAAAUUAUUCAAUUAAAGGCAAUCUUUCAUUCAUUAUUAGCUUCAUAUUUGGUAUCAUUAACAGGUGUUGAUUUUGCACUUCAAUUUCUAAUUAGAGGUGAUGGUAUAAAUGUUUACUUUGAACCACCACAACCUUCAGAUACCACCACUUCAAAUAAUGGUGAAAUUAAGUUAACAGAUUAUGGAUUUAAAUUUUUAUUCCCAUUUAAACAUGUUUCAACAGUUUACUCUGAAUGCAAUUCUACUUAUUUCGAUAUAUUUCCACAAAGUAUUCCAGUAAAAAACCCAUUAGUAAAAGAAAUACAACAAUUUUUUAAAGAUGAAUCUCAAACAAAAAUUCCAUUCACUACAAUAUUUCAAAGAUUAAUUUCAAUUGUAUUGAGAGAGGAAUAUCAAUAUAAAAAAUACAAAGAGUUGGAAUAUUAUUUUGAAGCAUUUAAUUCUAUCGAUCAUCACUAUCAACAACUAAAAAUAAAUAAUGAAAACCUAGUCAAAUCAGAAUAUAUAACUAGAUUAAUAGAUUCAAAAGAAAUUAUAAAAGUUGUAAAUCAUCUUACAUUCAUGCCAGUUGAUGACUAUUUCUUUUAUGUAGUUCCUCAUAAUGAAAAGGUUUAUGGAAUUGAAGUUUAUAAGAAUUUUCAAGAUAUUGAUUUCUUUGGACAUGCAAUAAAUAUAAUUAGAUUAUCAUUAGCAAUUUUAAAUGAUCAUAGUAAACAUUUUAAAUUUAUUGAUGCACAUAAGGAUAUAAAUAGUAGUAUUUAUUAUUUUGUUUAUGAAUUACCUCCAUCUCUUGCAAGUAAUUAUAAAUCAACAUCUGAAAUUCAAAUCAACAACAAGAACAACAACAACUUCUACAACAACAACAACAACAACAACAACAACAACAACAACAACAAUAAUAAUAAUAAUAAUUCUAAUGAUAAAUCUGAUAAUGAAAACAAAUUAUUAUUUAAACAAUUAAUUAAUCAACAUUUUAAUAAUUGUAUUGAAUUUAUUAAUAAUAUUAAUACAUUUGCUCGUGAAAAAAACCCAAUUAAUAUAUUAUUAUAUUCAAUGCAUACAAUAAUUACAAAAAAUGAAAUGAAUGUAUCAAGUCUUUAUUAUUCAUAUAUGUUAUUUGGUAAAGUUAAUCAAUGUAUAAUUGGUUCAUUUUAUGAUAUUGGUAAAUGGGUUUAUGGUGACCAAUUUGAAAAAAAAAUUAAAAGUGCAACAUUUUUAAAGAAUCUUCAAUAUUUAGUUUGGUAUAAAAUGAGUAUGAUAUCUAAUAAUCAUCAUCAAGUUUAUUUUAGUCUUUCUAAUCUUUAUAGUAUCCUUAAUGAAGAUGAUAAGGAUAUGAUGAUUCUAAAUUUAGAAUCAUCACUAAAAAUUAAUGAAAAUAAUGAAAAUGAAGAAAGUUUACCUCAAAAAUUAUUCAAACUUGAUGAUAUUGAAUUUGGUGAUAAUUUUAAAUAUUCUAAAAUUUUAAUUGGUGGUAUUUGUUAUUACAUUUUAAAUAUUAAAGAAGGUGAUAUAUUUAAAGAGGAUCAAUUUGGUUUAGAAAAGAAAAUCUUAUUAUUAGAACUUAAACAAUUAGAAAGUGGUAAAAAAUAUUUAUGUUUUAGAAAACAAUCACAUCAAACAAAUACUUUAAAAGAAUUGAAAUUCAAUUGUAGAACAAUUAAUAAAAAAAUAAAUGAUGAAAUCAUUUUGGAACCUUUAUUUGUAGUUGAAGAUUCAAAUGUUACUUUCCAUUUCUAUGAAUAUAAAUCAUCAUUUGAAAAUAUUAAAUCAAUUGAAUCAUAUAGUAAAGAUAAUAGUACAGAUUAUAAUGGAAUAGUUAUUAUAAGAUCAUUACUUUAUUAUAUUCAAUAUUAUUUAUCAAAUUAUAAAAAUGAUGACGAUGGUUCUGAUGAUGAUAAUGACAAUGAUAAUAAUAGAUCAUUAAAAUUGGUAUUAGUUAAUAUGAAAGAUAAUGAAUCAUUAAUUUAUUUAGAUAUUCAAUAUUUAAUAUAUAGAUUAUACGGUGUUGAUAUUUCUUUAACAAAUGAAUGGACAAAAAUUAAUGAAUCAUUAAUAAAUGGUACACCAUCAUUAAUUACAAAUUUUAUUCAAACAAAUAGAAAUAAAAUUUUAAAUGAUUCAAUUUGUUUAGAAAUUUUAUCAAAUGAAUUAAUGAUAAAGUUUAAACCAAUUGAAAUUGAAAUUCAAAGAGAGAUAAACCAUGUUACUUCUGUUGUUUCUGUUGUUGAUGUUGAUGUUAGUGGUAAUUCAAGUAAAAAGAAAUUUGUUAGAAAAGCAAUUGGUUCAAUAAUUGAUUUAAAAAUUAUUGGUAAAAAUUAUGGUGGUAUUGAUUUAUCAAAUCCUCGAUCAUUAGGAACCUAUAAUUUAAUUGGUGAUUCAGUUUUUAGAAAUAUUUCAUUUUUUGAAAAUAAAAAAUUAUUUGAAAAAUUUGAUACAAAUGUUAACUUUCAAAAAGAAAUUGAAUUUGUUAAAAAUUAUUCAAAAUUUUUAAAUUUUGAUAUUUCAAAUAGAAUACCAAGAGAGUAUAGUAUAUUAAAAUCAAUUAAAGGAAUGAAUGGUGUUGUUCAAAUUGAUAGUUGGUAUCUUGAAAAUGAUAUAAUCUAUAUUUUAAUGGAUUAUUUUGAUGGUCAAAAUUUAUUAGAAGUCUCUCAAGAUCUCAUCAAUGAUUUUACUUUAUUCUCAAUAUUAAAUCAAUUAUCAAAAAUAUUAUUUGAAUUAGAAACAGUUUAUUCAAUUCAUCAUCGUGAUUUAAAACCUGAUAAUAUAUUAAUUAAAAAUGAUUUAACAAUAUGUUUAGCUGAUUUUGGAAUUUCACAUUUUUCAAAAGAAUUAAAAAAUGAUCAAGAUUUAUAUUAUUCAAAAGAUGGAACCCUUGGUUAUCAAUCCCCAGAAAUUUAUAGUAGUGAAUUAAGAGGUAAUGGAGAUAUAAAAAAUCAACCUUAUAAAAUGGAUGUAUUUGGUUUACGUUGUGUUAUGAAGUAUUUAAUGUCUAAAUUUAAUUCUUCUUCUUCUAAAUUAAAAGAAUUGGUUGAGAAAAUGGGUUUUUUUAAUUAUGAUGAUCGUAUAAGUUUAAAAGAACUAAUAGAAUGUUUAAAUAAAUUAUAA